AUGAAUUUGUCAUUACAAGAUCCAUUCGCCGUAGCUAAGGAGUAUCCAGAGAACCUUACACAUACAUUGCAAUAUGGACAUUCAGUGGUAAUACAAUUCAAUCAUAAAGGUGAUUAUUUGGCGUCUGGGUUGAGCGAUGGGUCGAUCGUAAUCUACGAUUUAACGAGUAACGGAGGCAUAGUGGCGCAUUUGGAGAAUGGCGGACAUACCAGACCUGUCUCGUCAAUCAGUUGGUCGGGUUGCGGCAGGUAUUUGUUAACAUCGUCACAAGAUUGGUGCUGCAACUUGUGGGACUUGAAUCGGGUGAACAGGGACGAGGGUGACGAAUUGGAAGACGGGCCUAUUAUACGAAGAGUUAAGUUCGACGGGCCCAUAUGGCUGGCGAUGCUACAUCCCAAUAAUCAUUUUUUGAUCACGGCAUCAUUAUACGAGGACUCGCCGGUUUUCGUGGACUUGAGCAUAGAAUCUGACAUCAAGGUGCACCGCUUGAAUACGGUGCCCUUGCCGUUGCAACAGCGGGAGGAAGGAGCAGAACAACCGGCCCAAGCAGAUGACAGCGACGAAGAAAAGGCCAGCCGCAAGAAAAAGAAAGACAAACAUAUGACUUUAGUGACUACUUUCACGCCAGGCGACGGCACCUACAUCUUUACUGGCACCAGUAAGGGGUGGCUCAACAUCAUCUCGACCGAAACCUUGCAAUUGGUGCAUUCGAUCAAAAUUGCAAACUCCAACAUCAAAAACUUGGUGGUGUCGCCCAACGGCAGAAAAUUGGCCAUAAACUCGUCCGACCGUAUCAUCCGCCAGAUCAACUUGCCCGACAUGAUCAAUAUAACCGACCCCAACCACUGGGAGUUCGAAGUGGAGCACAAAUACCAGGACGUCGUCAACCGUUUACAGUGGAACCUGGUCACCUUCAACCACAACGCCGAAUUCUUGAUUGCCUCCACCUUCGGCCAGUCGUCCCAGGACCUAUACAUGUGGGAAACGUCUCUCGGCUCCCUCAUCAAGAUUUUGGAAGGGAGUAACGAAGAAUUGAUCGACGUCAAAUGGAACUACCACCGGUGUACGGUGGGCUCCACCGGCUUGGACAGUGGCUCCAUCUACUUGUGGCUGAUCCAAUUUCCCCAGAAGUGGAGUGCCCUCGCUCCCGAUUUCGUAGAAAUAGAAGAAAACAUAGACUAUGAGGAAAAAGAGGACGAGUUCGAUUAUAUUAACGAGGACAUAUUGAAUAAAAGACGAAUGGAAGAAGAGGACUUAAUAGUCGACAUAGUCACUAAAGAAACAGUUGACGCCCGGGGUUUUGAUGUGGCCCAGGAUUCUUUUAUCAUCCCUAUUGACUACGAUCAACAGCCUGGCGAUUUUGUUUGA